CCAUGCAAUGCUGUUAGCCAUUUGUGUACACUUUUUGACAUUUUUAAAGCAGUUAAUUACUUUAAUAUUACGUUACAAUACACAAUAUGGCAUUAGGCAUUGCAACACGACAUUGAUGGGCCAAAGAAUUUUCAAACGGAAUGGAGAGCGGGAAGCAGACAACCAUGGCUUUAUCGUCGAUGUCGUCAGAAAAACUCCUAUUAAAAUUAACAGAGGCCGGACUCGAAUUCUCAGAGGAAGAAAAGAGAAAAUUCAAAGAUUUUGAAGUUGAUGGGGAAACUGUCAGUGCUGGUCUCACGGAUCACAUGAUAGGACAACUUUUUGAGAAGUCUUUUAAGAAGCAAGUUAAAUUUAUCAAACUUAUCCAACAACUUAAAGAGAACCAGAGUGAAGAACUGUCUGAAAGUCUGACUACACCUUCAGCUUUGAGCCAAGAGCAAAGAAUUCCAGCCCCAUUUCCUCUUGUCUUCUCCCUACCAAAAUUCCCAAAGGAUGUUCAGUUAAAAUUGGAUAACAAAGAACCAUGUCAUAAGAUCAGCACUUACCGGCAUACAAUUGUACGAGUGCUGCACGAGACUAUGGCUCAGCACACACUAUAUCCUUCAAACAGUGACUAUGUUUGCGCAGUCAAGGCUCUUAUCUCCAAAUACCCUUUCCUGAGAGAUGCAGAGGGAAAUGGAUAUCAUACGUGGCACAUGUCCCUGAAAAGAAAAUUUAAAACUGAAAGGUCCCCACUUGUUAACGAAGAGGAGGUAAAAAAGAUUAAAAUGAAAUAUGGUCACAAUGUAAAGAAACCUGGAGAAAAAGAGGCUAGUUGUCAGAGAACCAGCAGAUCUGUGGCAGAUGAAGACUGCGUGUCUUCUAUUGGUGAGGAUGCUAUUUCAAUCAAUGCCCAUGUAAAGACCUUACAGGACCAGUACAAGAAGACCCAACCAGAUGCUGCAAUAGUGGAUGAAAAAAUGAAACAAACAUUUGCUUGGAGGAGGAGGGAAAUAACCAAUGGCAUUCCUACUGCAGAAAUUUUUCAAAAAUAUCCCUUCCUUAAGACCCCUUCAGUUUUAUUCCAGGAAAUGGGUCGAAUGCAUGCCGUAAAUUUAAGCCGGUGUUUCCAGGAUUCCUUCAGCAAAAUUGUGUCCAAUGUUUUGAGUUUGGCUAAGGGGAAAUCCGUUAUAGAAGCACAUUACAUGGAUGCCAGAAGAGAAGCUGUUGCAGAGAGCCUUUGUGAUAUGGAUUUUCGUGCUGCUCUGGUUUUACUUCCGGUGAUUUUCAGGGAGAAAGUGGACGAUUAUGUCACAAUCAGACAGGAAGAACCAGCCACACCAUAUCCCACUGUACAGAUGGACUGUGUGAACUUUUCACAGACACGAGGAGCAGUGUCAUUCAUUUACAACAGACUGCUCAAGCUCAGCUGUGGAAAGCUCCCCAUCACCACGACAUGGGAAAAGGAAUUAGCUCCUUGCAAACUAAAUUGGGACUGGAUAUGGGACACUAUUCCAACAUUGUCAAAAAAUCUUGCCCAUCAGUUAAUACACUAUAAACUGCUGCAUAGGGCUUGA